GAGACCAGGUCAUCCCACAGGGUCUGGAAACCACAGGGCAGAAGCAGGCAUAAAGGGCAGGCACAGCCGAGGCACCCACCAGGAAGGAUGGCCCUGCUCUUGCUGGUCCUGGGGCUGAGCUCGGCUGGGGCGCAGAAGUUCAACCCCCUGGCUGUCGUGGAUAAGAACUACAACAUGGCCAGGAUUUCAGGGGUCUGGUACUCUAUUUCCAUGGCCUCAAACAACCUUUCGCGGAUUAAAGAAGACGGAGACCUGAGGCUCUUCAUUCGGAAUAUUGAACACUUAAAAAACGGCAGCCUCAAGUUCAAUUUCCGCUUCAUGGUGCAGGGUGAGUGUGUGGGCGUGAGCAUGGUCUGCCAGAAGACGAACAAGAACGGAGAGUACUCCAUCUCCUACGAGGGGGAGAACAAGGUGCUGGUCUCAGAGACGGACUACAAGAUGUAUGUCAUCUUCGACAUGCAGAACAUCCGCAAUGGGACUGAGACCCGCGUGCUGGCGCUCUACGGGCGGAUCUCAAAGCUGAGCCACAACUUCCAACACAGAUUCGAAAGAGUCUGCAGAAAGUACAGACUGACUUCCAAAAACAUCAUGGACCUGACCCAAGAAGAUCACUGCUACUCCAAGAGGUAG